AAGAACGGGAGUGUUGCUGUGGAGGAGCUGCGACAAGCCGUCAUGAUGGAGCCCAACAACCAGGUUUACUACGGGCUGCUCUCCAACGCCUUCCUGCAGAGAGCCGACGAGUACCGGGCGGAGUUGGUGACCGACGCUCAGUCGAGCAAGUGGAUCAUCAAGAGGACGGAAGACUACGAGGCAGGAGCGACCGCUCUGAUACAGCACUACAAGCUGCGGCUCAAGGCCGAGGAAGGGAUGGACCCCGAGGAGGUCGAGAGAGACCUGGCGCAACGCGUGGAGAUUGAGAAGCAGAAAUCCUUCGACAUGCAAGCUAUCCGGCUGGCCAUCCAGUCGCUCCGAGACGACACCUACUUCUCAAGCCUCGACAAGAGGACGCUCUCCCGGUCCGACUGGUUCACCACCAUCGGCAUUCAGGGCGGGACUUUCUUCAACGUGUCGAGGUUGGCCCAGUCAGGGGCGCUCAAGGGUCUGGAGGAGCAGGACAAGGAAUGGAUCGAAUCGUACACCGAGAGGUCGAAGCAGAUCUCGGUCAACCCCUUGCAGGACGUGACGGGGACGCUGGCGAUGCAGCGGAGGAAGCUGCUGGGACUCACGGGCCGCAACUUUCCCAUGCCUGAGGUUGAGCUCAAGUCGCUGGAGUACUUCAAGCACAACCGAUCAGAGGAGUCGCAAAGCUUUUCUGACGCUGAUCACGUCAAGGGGGAAGGAGCUGUCGACGCGAGUUCCAUCAUGACAGCAGAUGUCGUGGGAUCAGA